GCCGCGGCCUCCAGGCCCGAGCUGGCGCCGGGUUCGGCCGAAGCUGCCGCCGCAGAACGCGCUCCUGGACGCGGGCGCGGAGGUGGCUCCAGCCCCGCGGCGCCCCUCCCGCAGUGUCACCUGGGAAAAUGGAUGCGGGCAUGUUCUGUGUCACCUGGGGGAGCAUCCCAGCAGACUCACAGGAUUCUGUUCCCUGCAUGCAUCCCCGUUCAUGGCCACACGGGGGCGCCGUGGCGCUGCUCUGAGGCCAGAGAGGACCACACAGGCCGGCCUACCCUGCAAGAGAUCACCGUGCCAAGCAAAAGCCAGGCGAUGGCCGGCCGGCGCUCAGGGUGCCGCAGGGAUGGCUGAAGCCCGGCAGGCCGGGGCCACUUACCGGGGACCGUCGCCUCACUAGGGCCGUCAGGAUGCAGCUCUCGGCCGUGCUCAACGCCCUGCUGGUGUCGGUGCUGGCGGCCGUGCUGUGGAAGCACGUGCGGCUGCGGGAGCACGCUGCCGCCCUGGAGGAGGAGCUGGCCCCGGGCCGCCAGGCCCCCUCGGCCCAGCCCGUCGACUACCCGAAGGCGCUGCAGAGCCUGGCGGAGGGCGGCACGCGCAUGGUGUGCACCGGCCGCACCCACACCGACCGCAUCUGCCGCUUCAAGUGGCUCUGCUACUCCAGCGAGGCCGAGGAGUUCCUCUUCUUCCACGGCAACGCCUCCGUGAUGCUGCCCAACCUGGGCCCGCGGCGCUUCCAGCCCGCCCUGCUCGACCUGUCCUCCGUGGAGGACCACAACGCCCAGUACUUCAACUUCCUGGAGCUGCCGGCCGCCGCCCUGCGCUCCCUGCCCAGGCCCGUGUUCCUGCCCGACGUGGCGCUCAUCGCCAACCGCUUCAACCCGGACAACCUCAUGCACGUCUUCCACGACGACCUGCUGCCCCUGUUCUACACGCUGCGCCAGUUCCCCGGCCUGGCCCGCGGCGCCCGGCUGGUCUUCAUGGAGGGCUGGCCCGAGGGCGCGCACUACGACGCCCUCUACCAGCUGCUCAGCCCCAAGCCGCCGCUGGUGCGGGCGCAGCUGAAGGCCCUGGGCCGGCUGCUGUGCUUCCCCCGGGCGGUCGUGGGCCUCUCCAAGACCACCACCUGGUACCAGUACGGCUUCGUCCAGCCCCAGGGCCCCAAGGCCAACAUCCUGGUCUCGGGCCAGGAGAUCCGGCGGUUCGCGCGGUUCGUGGUGGACAAGCUCAACGCGAGCCAGGCCCCCGCAGGGCGGCCGCUGGGCGAGGAGUACAUCCUGGUCUUCAGCCGCACCCAGAACCGGCUCAUCCUGAACGAGGCGGAGCUGCUGCUGGCGCUGGCCCGGGAGUUCCAGAUGAAGACGGUGACGGUGUCCCUGGAGGACCACGCCUUCGCCGACGUGGUGCGGCUGGUCAGCAACGCCUCCAUGCUGGUCAGCAUGCACGGCGCGCAGCUGGUCACCGCCCUCUUCCUGCCCCGGGGGGCCACCCUGGUGGAGCUCUUCCCCUACGCCGUCAACCCCGACCACUACACCCCGUACAAGACGCUGGCCACGCUGCCCGGCAUGGACCUCGGCUACGUCGCCUGGCGGAACACGGCGCCCGAGAACACGGUCACGCACCCCACGCGGCCCUGGGACGAGGGGGGCAUCGCCCACCUGGACCCGGCCGAGCAGGCCCGCAUCCUGCAGAGCCGGGAGGUCCCGCAGCACCUCUGCUGCCGGAACCCCGAGUGGCUGUUCCGCAUCUACCAGGACACCAAGGUGGACAUCCCGUCCCUCAUCCAGACCAUCCGGCGUGUGGUGAAGGGCCGGCCGGGGCCGCGGAAGCAGCAGAAGGAGAAGCAGGCGGUGAGCCUGUACCCGGGGAAGGUGCGGGAGGCGCGGUGCCGGGCGGCCGUGCAGGGCGCCUCGGAGGCCCGCCUCACCGUCUCCUGGCAGGUCCCCUGGAACCUCAAGUUCCUGAAGGUGCGGGAGGUGCGGUACGAGGUAUGGCUGCAGGAGCAGGGGGAGAACUCCUACGUGCCGUACAUGCUGGCCCUGCGGAACCACACCUUCACCGAGAACAUCAAGCCCUCCACCACCUACCUGGUGUGGGUCCGCUGCAUCUUCAACAAGCUGCUGCUCGGGCCCUUCGCCGACGUGCUGGUGUGCCGCACGUAGCCAGCCCCCCCCCCCCCCCCCCCCCCCAAGCUCCGUGUCCCCGUGCCCGCUGUCCCCCGUGGCGGCUUCCGGGAAUUGUGUGUGCGUGUGUGUAUUUAUUGAGCAGGCCUGCCCUGGGUCUGUGCCCUCGUGUCUUCUCACUGCCUCUGGGGUGUGGGGUUCGCAGCACUCCCCUGUGCCCUGCUGUGGUGGGACACCCCCGUCCUCCACCCCCGGCCCCUUCUCCCUCCUGAGCGUCCAUUCCCCCGGAGAAGGUCCUCAGGGGAGGAGACGGAAGGUAAGAAUCCCCGGGAACCUCUUGGGCCGAGGGAUCAUGCUGUUCCUUACAUGCAUGUCUUUCUGGCUGCUAUCCGGGUUGGAAAUGGCAAGUAAUCACGGUGGUUUGGGCAAGUGGUUCAUCAGCUUCCAUCCCUGUAAAACCCACCUGCAUCCAUUAAAGGAUUGUUAACAUCUUA